AUGGUGCAGGUCAUUGAGCUCCAAUUUGAGAACUCGUACUUCACGUGUGAAGUGUGGUCAAGAGUCUCAAGACCACCGAGUGUCUUUGUUCCAGAUAAGCUACAGACAGAAUUACGUGCAGAAGGCGGCAUAAAGGCUCUGUUAGGAAUGGCGAGGUGUGCACAUCCAGGCGUUCUUGCGCAAGUUGCACGUGGAAUUGCAGACUUUGCAAAAUGUGAAUCCAGAGCAGCCACUCAAGGCUCACAAUCUGGAAAGUCUCUCCUUAUUGAUGAUGGAGCUCUUCCUUGGAUCGUGCAGAAUGCCAACACUGAAGCCCCGCCAGUCAGGCACUAUAUUGAGUUUGCACUUUGCCAUUUGGCACAGAAUGAAGUAAAUGCGAAAGACAUGAUUAGUGGUGGUGCGCUAUGGGAGCUGCUUCGUAUCUCACGAGACAGCUCUCGCGCAGAUGUAAGAACUACUGCCCACCGGAUUCUAACUUCAAGCCCUAUUUUCCAAGCUGAAGUGCGACGCUUGCGUAUUGAGUGCAAGAAAAACUUGAUCCGGCUGGGGGUUCUAGCCCAAAGAAGUGGUUUUACAACUCCUUCACGGCAACGAAAGAAAAGAAAACCCAAAAAAACUGGUGGACAAUCUGACAAUUCGUAA